AGUUUCAGAGAGCGAGAGCAUGAAACAUGUAGUGGAGCAACUGAAGCGGCUCGUGGUGCAAACAGAAGACAAGUGGUGUAUAAAUCCUGAAUAGAGCUGAGAUCAAAUAGAGGAAACCCGAUAAAUCAAUGUCAUCCGAAGAAGGUUUUCAGACUGUUGUCAAGUUCAAGAAGCGCACUGGAAUGAGGACAAGCAUGGAGUGACAUUAGGCGCGGGAGGCUGGCACUGACUUCGCAUUUGACCUCUAAGGAAACCAUUUCUGAAACAAACAAUCUGCGCAGGAUGUAUCAAUGAAGAAUGUGAACGGGUCUGUCUCUCUCCAAACGGGGUGGAUGAAGCCCUCUGCCGUGUCAUGCGUCUUGCCCCGGAGCCAAGCGCGCACCGCUUGCGGCUCAUAGUCCUGUUUCUGGUCCUCCUCGCGGGAGUGACCACGUCCCCAGUAUUGUCCACGGGCUGUCCGGACCGUUGCGUGUGUGAUGACCAACUGGUGGUACAAUGCGCCGGGCAACACCUGACCACGUUCCCUGUAAAUUUGCCCCUGGCCACGCGACAGCUCAUCAUCUCCAACAACAGAAUAGUAGAGCUGCCUCCGCUCGCACUAAACUACCUCUCGGACCUGGUGUAUCUGGACUGCAGCAACAACUCCCUCACAGAGAUAUCCGAGUCCACGUUUGGGAAUUUACGCAAACUGGCCUAUCUUGACCUAUCCUUUAACACACUGACUCGCAUAGAAGAUAGGACGUUUGGACCCCUGGCCAGUAUGGUCAUGCUGAGGAUGACAGACAACCCGGGGCUCUCGCACAUUCAUCCAGACGCUUUUGCAGAAAACGCGGCUCUUCAAGUGUUGGACGUGAGCCGCAACAACUUGACAACCCUCAACAUCACGUCGCUGAUCGCGCUGCCAGCUCUCCGCUCCGUGGACCUCAGCGGGAAUCCCUGGAGCUGCGACUGUGACAAUGAAGACCUGUGUCUGUGGGUCCACCUGGAAGGCUUCAAAUUUCAAGAUGAGGGUCAGACGGUGUGCGGCUCACCUGCAGACCUCCAGGGCAGCCGUCUGGGUGAGGUGGGCAUAGAGUUGCGCGCGCUGUGUCACCAGACUCUGGGCUCUUGGGACUACCUCUUCUUCGUUCUUAUUGGUUUUGCCAUCUUUGCGGCUGGCACUGUGUCGGCCUGGGUUAUGGGGGUCAUCAUGGUGUUGUAUGAGCGCUACAUCAAGAAGAAGGACCAGCAGGUGGACCCAGACGAAGAGGGGGAGAUGUUGGAGACUGGGAGCAGGAGUGACCAGGACAAUGGUAAUCUAAACAGUACACACACAGUGUGAUGGGACAGACCUCAGCUCCUCAAACAAAACACAGUGCCUCUGAAGUGGGAAGAAGAGAGUGUACGAUAGAUCAAACAUGAUGAAACUCUGAGAGUAAGGUACUGUUAUGGUGGUCCAUCAUCUUAAACACUUUGGCAUUGUUUAAAUUAGGAUGCAUGGUUCAAAAAGAGACCUCAUGUUAUUUAAGACAAUAUCCUAAUAUGUUGUCUUUAUAUUCUGCAUUUUAGAUAAGCCUCUCAUCAUGGCACUUGGCACUUAAAAAACUCUAUGAUAAUUAUAUGAUGAAAUAUGUUGACACGUAAAACAUGAUUACAAAAGUAUAAUGCAAUGGAGAUGUGAAUGAAGUUGUGUUUGAGCUUGUAUAAAUGUGUCCUGGUGUUGUUUUGUACUGUAAGUUCAGCCCUGAUUUAUGUAGACUAUGUUGUAAGGUGUUUACACAUCAGAAUGUUAUGGCAAUUUGUGCUAUUGUCCUUGUAUCUGUAAUUGGUCCAGUCUCCUCAGUUUUCUGCAUGGACUGAUGCACCAAAAGCCUUAAUAUGUGUGUAUAUAAAACAUGAGGGCUACAAAUCCAAUUCUGUGACCAUUACCCCUUUUCCAGCCCAAAUGUAGUACAUUAAAAUAAUUUUUUCUUUAUUGUAUAGCAUGUUAUGUUCUCUUUUAGCAUUUGACACAGUCUUAAUUUGGCAACAAUCAGGAAGACACAAGCACUGCUUGUGUAGCAUCUUUUUUGUAUAACAGACAAAUGUGGUCACAACACUAAGCUCUGCUAUGUAUCCAAGUAAUGAUGCCCUUCAUUCCACAUUUCUCCUGUAUCUGCCUGUUCCUUUUGUCAUUACAUCUGAACAUGACGUGAGGUGGGACAUUUCUUCUUGCACACACUGCACUUUGCAUAGGGACGUCUGAACCACACUGUAGAAUCUGCAGAGCAAACUGAUAAGGCCAUGUAAUGCCAAAGGCAAGGGUGAGAGAGCAGCCUGGAAAUAGGAUCUAACUGGUUGGCCUUGUUCAACACAGCAAAGUGACUCACAAAAAUGAUAGCUGUUCAAUGAGCAACAUUAGCCAGUAUUGACUAAACAGUUUAUUAUUAUUAUUAUUUGGUAUAUGGAAAUGUGAUGUUAUUCAUACUGCAGAUACAGGGUAAUCUAUUAUUCAAACACAGGAAUGAAUCAUGUUUUCUUUCUUUUAUUACUAAGCUUAAUAAACAGGAUGUGACUUCAGUGGGCUCUUGAUGUGAGCUGGCACAUCAGUGAAGACAAAUGUACUGUGCUUUGUGGCGCUGGCAGCCUUGUUUAUCGUCUGGGUCUUUUGAGUCAUGCUUUUGUAACACUGUGUAGUCUCGCUGACCAGAAGGCAACUACUGCACUGUAAAUGUCCACUGACUGACUAGAGAAGUGACAUCAAGUAAGAGCAACUCUAACUGAGCGUAAUGGCCGUCUGACACAUCCACUUAUACACGAUACAAUGUGGAGAAAGUCCCGGGGCAAAGCACACC